UUGAACAAGUAUGGAAUCAAUUUGAACUUUCAAAAUCAAAUUUUAGAAAAUGAAUUUUGCAACAUUCCUUUCAAAUACCAACAAGUAUGUCAAAAUCCAACGAAAAUCCCAGUGGAUCUUUCUCAUUUAGAAUCAAAAAUAAGUAAUCAACUUAUGAAAAUUUUACAAACAAACGAAAAUGUAUUACAAUUACCCAAUCAACCUUUAUCUUUUUCUAGUAGAAUCAAACAUAAGAUUCGAACAACCGAUGAUGUUCCGGUUCAUUGCAAAAUUUAUAGAUAUCCCGAAGUACACAGGGAAGAAGUCGAAAAACAAAUAAAAGAUUUAUUAGAUAAAAAUAUUAUUCGACCAAGUAUUUCCCCCUGGUCUUUCCCAGUAGUUAUAGUCCCAAAGAAAGAGGACUUAUCAGGAAAAGUAAAAUGGCGAAUGGCCAUCGAUUAUAGAAAACUGAAUGAUAAAACAAUUGAUGAUAAAUAUCCUUUACCCCAAAUUGAUAGUAUACUAGAUAAAUUAGGAAAUAAAAAGUAUUUUACGACACUUGACCUUGCUUCAGGCUUUCAUCAAAUCGAAAUGGACGAAGAAUCAAUAGAAAAAACGGCUUUUACUGUAGAUAAUGGACAUUACGAAUUUUUAAGAAUGCCAUUUGGUUUAAAAAACGCGCCUGCUACAUUUCAGCGAUUGAUGAAUAAUAUUUUGAAAGAUUAUAUAGGAAAAAUUUGUCAUAUUUAUAUGGAUGACAUUAUUAUUUUUUCAGAAACAGUAGAACAGCAUUUGGCUGAUAUUCAUACUAUAUUGGAAACACUUAUGAAAGAUGAUAUGAAAAUUCAAUUAGAUAAAUGUCAUUUCUUCAAAACAGAAAUCGAAUUUUUAGGUCACAUUAUAACUCCAGAAGGAAUAAAACCUAAUCCAAAAAAAUUAGAAGCAGUAACUAAAUUUCCAAUUCCUAAAACACCGAAAGAAAUCAAAUCUUUCCUUGGUUUAGUAGGAUAUUAUAGAAAAUUCAUUCCAAAUUUUGCAAAGAUAGCAAAACCUUUAACUGCGUGUUUAAAAAAAGAAGCGAAAAUUGAUAUUGAUGAUAUAAAAUAUGUAGAAGCUUUUCAGGUUCUGAAACGUAACCUUUUAAACCAUCCAAUCCUAUGUUAUCCUGAUUUUAAUAAACCUUUCGUGUUUACGACAGAUGCAUCCGGAUAUGCAAUCGGUUCAGUUCUUUCUCAAGGUACUCCGCCAGGUGAUUUACCUGUAGCGUAUGCUAGUCGUACUCUCAGCCAAUCGGAAAUAAAAUAUAGCACCAUAGAAAAGGAGCUUUUGGCUAUUUUAUUCAGUUGCAAAUUUUUUAGACCUUAUUUGUACGGAAGAAAAUUUAUAAUUUAUACGGAUCAUAAACCAUUAACUUGGUUAUUUUCAUUAAAAGAACCAAAUUCUCGCCUUAUGCGAUGGCGAAUUAAAUUAGAGAAAUUUGACUAUGAAAUUAGAUACAGAAAAGGUUCAAUGAAUAAUGCAGAUGCAUUGAGCAGAAUUGUUAUAGAAAAUGAAAUUAAUUUUGAAAAUUUUAUAAAGCUGAAUGAAAUAAAUGAAAUAACGGAUUCUCCAAAUGUAAAAGAGAAAGAAGGUAAUUUAUUUAAAGCCCCUAAAAAUUAUGCAUUAGCGCAUUGUGUUUCUAAAGACUUCCACAUGAGUCGAGGUAUAGCCGUCUGUUUUAAAAAUAAAUACGGAAAUAUUGAAAAACUGAAAUCGCAAAAUAAAAUGGUAGGUCAAGUUGCCAAGAUUCGAAAAGAUAAUAGGAAUAUUUAUUAUUUAAUAACGAAAGAAAAUUAUUAUGAUAAACCUACGUACGAAAACGUAUUUAAAUCUCUAAUGGAACUUAGAGAAAUUUGUGAAAUGAAUAAUGAAAAAUAUUUAGCAAUACCACGAAUAAGUAGCGGAUUAGACCGAUUGAAAUGGUCCACAAUUUUUAAUAUGAUAAAAUAUAUUUUUCUGAAUUUGAAUAUAAAAAUUACUAUAUUCUAUUUACCAAAUAAGAAUGGUAAUGAAAUGAAUCAAAUCAAAGCAUCAAAUAUGCAAAUGAAUGAUUUGAACGAAAUCGAAGAAAUAAAUAAUGGUAUUGAAGAUGACUUAGUGUCAAUAAUUAAUCAAGUUACUGACGAAGAACUUGAUGAAUGCUUGGAAUUACUAAAUACAGGUGAAUGUGAAAAUGAUGAUUCCAAUGAAAAUGAAGAUGAAAAUAUAAUUGAUUUCGAAACUUCAAACGUGAUUAUACACGAUGAUGUAACUAUUCACAGUAGUAUAGAAAACCCUAUCUUUGAAAUACCUUAUACGGAGAGAAGUAUAAACUCCGCGAAUUUGCAGGUCAUAUUUAAAAAAGCAUCGAAUUAUGAUGUUACGAAAAAUAAAUUGUUCGGAGAAAAAUUAAGAUUUCUUGUAUCAGUGAAUUCUGUCGAAACAGAUUUAUGUAGAUUCAUUCGAGAAUAUCUACGUCCAAAAAGUCCUUAUACAAUAUACUUCAAAUCAUUAGAAUUAGAAAAACCUCUUAUACGAAUUUUGCAAGAGAAAUUCGAUUAUAAGAGCCUUGAUUUGAAAAUAUCGAGAACAUUAGUAGAAGAUGUCGAAGACAAGGAGGAACAACUCCUUAGAAUGAAACAAUUCCAUGAAACCAAAACUUCACAUCGUGGAUUACGCGAAAAUUUACUAAGUUUGAAAAGAAAGUAUUAUUGGCCGAAUAUGAAUAAAGAUAUUCAGAAUUAUAUAAAUACAUGUGAAAUUUGUCAAAAAUCUAAAUAUGAAAGAACUCCAGUUCAACUUCAAUUUAAACCAAAUCCCGUCGGUACGAAACCUUUUACUCAUGUCUACUGUGACACGAUUAAAUUUAAUCAAACAAAUUGUUUAAGCGUGAUAGAUUCUUUUUACAGAUUUGGACAAUGCUAUCCUUUGUUACAAAAGACAGGAUCAGAAAUUAUGGACAAAUUAUUAAUUUAUUUUAGUCAUUAUGGAAUCCCUAACAAAAUUACUUGUGAUAAUGGGAUCGAAUUUAAAAAUAAUGUAAUACAAGAUUUUUGCAAAGUCCAUAAAAUCGAAAUACAUUAUAUCACGAAUUAUAACCCAAAUUCAAACGCAUUAGUUGAAAGAUUUCAUUCUACUCUCAUAGAACAAUUGAGAACAAUUGAAAAUAAAAAUUUGACUUUUCAAAAUAAAUUAGCUCAAGCCUUAUUAAGUUAUAAUAAUUCAAAUCAUUCGAGUCUAGAGAUGACUCCAAUGCAAAUCAUCAAAGCCGAUUUAAAUUAUUCUUUACCCAUUGAAAGAACUCAUAAUGAACAAAUUCAAAAUUAUGUUGAAAAUUACUUAGAAAAUUUCAACGAUAUUUCAAAACAUUUAGAAAAACGACAAGAGAAAAAUUUGGCCCGUUUAGAAAAAACAAAUAAGAAAAGAUCUGCUGAUCGUCCCUUAAAUGAAAAUCCAACGUAUAUUAAAAAUCCGAAAACAAGAAAACUCGACCCAGCGUUCAAAAGAAUCGAUGCAAGUGAAAUAGACUCACAUCGUAUUCAAGAUUUGAAAAAUAAACAUAUUUAUCAUAAGAAAAUUAUGAAGCAACGAAAGAAGUAACUUUCAAAUUUUAUUUUCAGAUUCAACAUGGAUCACCAUUCAUUUACAUUGAUAAUUAUGAUUUUAAUGAUAACGAAGAUAAUUAAUUCACUAGAAAUUAUUCCAAUUGAAAAUAAUGUAUUGCCCAUUCAAUUAGGAAAAGCUUACAUAACAAAAAAGAAUUUACAACUAAUUUAUCAUAUUGAUUUAAAUAAAAUAGAAAAUGUAAUUUUGGCAUAUCAGAAAGAAAUAGAUAAAUUUAAGAAGGAACCAUUAGGUUUUUCGCAGACUGCAAACUAUAGAUAUUUGCAAGAGUCUAAUAAAAUAAAUAUUGAAUCGUUCGAAGAAAUAGUUAAUGACAAAAUACGGACUAAGAGAGGAUUGAUUAAUUUAGGAGGCAAAAUCUCAAAAAUACUCUUUGGAACCUUAGAUUCUGACGAUGAAGAAUUAUACAGAAAUUAUUUUAAUAGUAUAAAGAAAAAUGAGGAAACCCUCAUAAGGAAUCAAAAGAAGAUCGCUACUGUAGUUAAUGACUUGAAAAAUAAAUAUAUUGAUAAAUUUCAGAAAAUGCAUGAUAAUCUUGAAUUAUUAAAAAUCGUACCAGCACUCGAAGAAGUUCAGCAAAUGCAUCUUAUGACUUUUGAACUUAAAGACAUUAAAAAUACUUUGGAUGAAAUUCAAACUGCAAUUAGUUUUGCUAGGUUACAUUUGUUACAUGAAUCCAUUUUACCCUAUUCAAAGUUUUUAGAAGUAAUCAAAAAUUCAAGUAUCAUUCCCUUACAUCAUAUAAAAGACUAUUAUCAAUUAUGCCAUACUAAGGUAAUUUUCAAAAAUAAAAUUUUACUAUUUCUUAUAUCUAUUCCAACCAUUUAUGAAAAGGGAUACGAAUUAUACAAGUUUUACUUUCUUU